AUGGAUAGAUAUGGACUUGCGGCGCGUCAACGGGUUGAGCCCGCAACGCGCAUUUCACUGCACCAGCGACACGAUCCAGUCCGGCCUCGACGACCCUUGGCAUCUGCUUGGAUAGAUUCUGCGACCAGAACGACACCAAGGAUGGAGAGUGCGGCGAAGCGCAAGGCUGGCAGUGCAGCAACGGCCGACAGCGAUGGGCGCCCUAACAAGCGCCAGAAAGUACCGGCCGAGAACACCCCCAGCGCUGAAACGGUAGAGUCGACAACGGCGCAGGGCUUGAAGUUCCUCGAGAGCUUGAAGCAGGCAAAGGACAAGACGGGACGGCCGAUAGCGACCCAUUUCCUCACCCUACCCAGCAAGACCGAAGUGCCCGACUACUACGAACAAGUCAAGCUGCCCAUUGCUAUAGACACUAUCGAGAACAAGCUCCACAAAGGAGCUUACGCAACUCUCGCCCAGGUUGAAAGCGACUGUAAACGCCUAGUCAACAACGCAAAGGCUUUCAAUGAGAAAAAGUCGCUCCUCUACGAAGAUGCCGAGCGUCUACGGAAGACGGCGUCGAAUUGGAUGGUCAAGCACAAUCCGGCCUACCGAGAUGGCAACUAUAUCGCAGUCCCAACACCUAUUCCCGGCGAGGAGAACGUCACUCCCGGAAGGCCUACUCCUCGAGUCGUAUCCACACCACGAACUGCGCAUACCCCAGCAACCAUAGAGACUGUUGACCGUCCACGACGAGCGGCUGCCGCUGCACAGGCCACACCUGCGCCAUCAAAACUACGCCAUUCCGCUUCUGUAGCUCCGGAAGAGGACGACAAUCCAGAAUACACAGGGAAGACCUUCCAGCAGGCACAAGAGCAAAUUGUUCGCGAGCUCAUCGAGCAUGAAGAUGGCGGUCUGCAGAUAUUCGUACCAUUCCAGAACCUCCCAUCAAGAAGUCUGAGAGAUUAUUACCAGCUGAUCAAAGACCCCAUGUCAUUGUCAGCUGUGCACAAGAAAGUUCGAGGCAUCAUCGGUCGUGAGGCGCCAACCGGCCAAACCCUCUUCAAGAGCUGGGACGCCUUUGAGAACGCUGUGAGCUUGAUCUGGAAGAAUGCACGCAUCUACAACGAGGAUGGAAGUGACAUUUACAACCUCUCCCUAGAGUUUGAGGAAAUCUUUUACAAAAAGCUCAGAGAAGCCAAGGCGAAGGUCAAUGAACCAGCUCAGCCGAAGCUCAAGCUCAACUUGUCAAACGCUGCUGCAGCUCCUAAGCAGCAACUUAAGCUGAAGCUCAGACAGAGCCCAGCAUCAGAUCCAAACACACCAGCUGCACGUAACUCUACUACUCCUGGUGUCAUUGUUGAUAGCGAUGCCUUGAUACGACAACAACGCCACGUCCUUGACAGCAUGGCCGGUGGUCGACCCUCCCGUGCAUCACCAGUCGUCAAGGCUUCAACACCAUCAGUAUCCACUAAUCCGUUCUCUGGACCGCGAGGUGGAUCAGCUACGGUGGCACCACUUCCCACUACUCAGACCAGGACUGCUAGAUCACCACCAGCUGUUAACGGUGUCAAGCAAGAUGUCCAGUCCCCUGCGUUGAGCGCCAUAAAGCCGGCCAGCACCACGUCAGAUGGCCAGGGAGCGCGUCUUGGCGUUCCAUCGCAAACACCACAUCCAGCCAUGGCACCGCCUGCCCUCAAUCGAGUAUCAAGUGGUAGUCCACAUCCCAAUGGAAUGAGUCAGCCAAACGGCGUAUAUGGUACACCGCAACCACCGACUUACUACGCUCCUCCCGCUGUCCCACGUGUGGACAGCUUCCGCAAGGUUCCCCUCAAGAGCAUCGACGAAGCUCUCAUACCCAGAAUAACACUGAAUACGCACCCGGCUCUCAACCUUGCUAAACCCUGGUCUGUUGUCGUUCCGGCCAGCUUAACCAAAGUCUCCCACAGCGCCACCAUUGUCGUCUCCCCCACAAACUCGUACAUCCAAAUCACCCCCAAGGUCCCCAUUGCUCUGACAAAUCGUCUCUACCGCCUCUUCGUUACUGUAAAUGGAAACCGCACACUCGAAGUCAAUCGUGUUCCUGUCACCGCGGGUAUCAACGGUAGUAGUCCCGGACCUGGGUACGAAGGCGGCAAGAAGAAAGGUGAGCCAGUUUUCGAAGCAAAGUUGGUCGGGGGGGUAAACAGGAUUGAAGUGGAGAUUGUCGCGGAGAAGGAGCACAAGGAUGGCGGAGGGGAUGCAGCCAAGGACAAGAAGGAGGAUCAGAUUGAAGUUGAGAAGAGCACGAUUUUCCUGCAUCUGAUGAGACAGGCGUCGUACUAG